UGAAAAUGAAAGUAGUAGGCGUUGUGGAAUUUCCGAUCACGUGAUUCCUAGUCAGUUACAGCUGCUUUAUUCACAGAUUUUAGUUUUCAAUAUAUUGUAUUGAGUGUGAGACUGACUUCUGUUAAAGGAACAAGAUAAUCUAGUAUCACAAUGCUACUGAAACCAUCGGAAAUAUAUUAUUGCCAAAAUUCUGUCAAAAACAAAUUUUCAAAUGGGAAAAGAAUCGGAGAAACUCUUGAUGAUUUAUGUGAAGGAAGGUGCCUGCUGUCAAGCUUUCCGAGGAUUCGUGUGUCUAAAAGGGGUUCAAAAUGGUUUACAACAGAUAACAGACGUCUGUGGGUGUUUAGACAUCUUUACAGGCUAGGGAAAUGUGGAGAAAUACCCGUAAUGGAGACUGGAGACAUUCCGUCACGAAAAAUGACAACAGACAAUGGCGGCACAUCAAUAUCAGUCCGAGGCGCCGGCGGACCUGGUGGAACAUGGUACCUGAAACCUAAUGGUGCGGGAUCAAAUCCUGACGGCACAUUUUCGUGCACUUGGCCAGAAAGUAGUUUCUCCGGCCUAGGGUCGUUCUAUUUCGAUUCUGAUUAUGACGUUGACUCGGAUGACUACGGAUUUAACUAUUCCGAUGACGAGUACGGAUGUAACUCGGACUUUGAUGACUUUUGGUAAUGUAACAUUGUAGGAGUAUCAAUGACAAAUAUCCUGUUUAAGACUAAUCUAGUAGUAUCAUUUUAUAUCAUAGCUAAUACUACUCUUGACAGCUUUGAAAACGCGAAGGCUUUUGACAUUGUGUCUCAGCAUAUAAGUUUAAAUGUUUUCGCUUCAUUGUAAGUUACUUAUUCUGAAUUAUGAUAGUACUGAGUUUAGAAACAUGUUUGGGUAUAAAGAUACAUAAUGUAUUGAUUAGUAAAUGUCAUUUAUAUUUAGAAACAGGAGGCCAUAUUUGUUUUGCUAAAUAGUUUUUAAAUUAUAUACAUUGUUAAUGAACUAUUGUUAUUAAAUAUUAGUUUACAUCUACUCAAAUUUUUAUGUUUAUAUUCUUUUUAAAAUAUCUUUUAAAAAUACAUUAAAUGCUUACUUUUACGUGCAAAUUUAUUUAUGAUAUAAAUAUUUAUAAUUUGAUAUUUUAAGGUAUGGCAUAUGCAACUUGAGAGUCUUUAUUUAGUAUUUUCAUGCAUUUAAAUGACCGACAUAUGCUUAACAGUCUAGAUAUACAUUUUCAGAAAAUCUAAUUUUAGAUAGCAUAGUUAUUCGGCUAUAGAUCGAUUAAAGUUAUGAAUAACUAUAAUUUAACUCGAAAGUUGGAAUUAGUUCAAAAUAAAGAAUAUAGUUUUGUUUUACCUAUCAAUUGCAAUGAUUUUAUGAAUAUGGUUUAUCAGCACAGUUAAACAUAACGUUUGUUUGUUUCAGUACACAGUGUUUGUAUAAAUGUAUAACAUCUUUUUAUAUACAUAAUUGGUUUCCCGUUAGAUUUGUAUCUUAGUUUUCGAAAAAUCAGGUAAUGUGUUAUUUAAUUACUCUUCAUAAAUUUAAGUCAAUACUUCUUCACAAAUGUAAACAAUUUCAUGAUACAGUAACUAUCUUAUAGUCUAUUUAAGUAGUGUUAAAAUUUAACAUUAACGUAACACAAAAAUACAGUAAUAAAAAAAAAUACAUAAAUAAACUCAUUAUGUAAAUUAAAUAUGUCAGUUGAAUAUCACCAUCUGGUUUAAUGAAAUGUUCGUUGAAGAAUGGUAAUAAUUUUGCCCAUGAAAAUAUGAUACAUCAGCGUUAAUGGAAUUCAUGCUGCUAGGUCAUUCCGAAAACAUCGAAUGUUAAGCUAUUAAGAUGUAUAUGAACCACGCCAUGAGAAAACCAACAUAAUGCCGCGCAGUCAGGUCAGGAUCCCCGCUGUUUGCUUUCAAAGCCUAUUAGAACUGUACACAGUUUCUCGUCAUACAUAUAUACAUAUUGCAAUAAACAUAGCUUAACAAUAAGGUCAUAGUUACUGUAAAAUAAUCAAUAAUUAACAGAUCUAUAGAUCUAUAUACCAGUAGUUUGCUCACAAGUUAUAUACUGUGCUGUGAGGGUGGUUUUCUUUAACUUAUAACAAUAAUAUUAUUACGUUUUGUCCAUCAUGAUACUCUUACUUUUCUAGCGACUAUACCUAACUAUCUAACUAGCAAAAUGUUACCAAAGUAGAUGCUCGAUUUCCAGUCUGCAGUAGACAGGCUGCUCGAAAAACCAAUACACUGGUUUUCUCAUGGCGCGGCUGAUAUAAAACAUUUUUUUUUUCAUUCAUAAUAAACCCGUAGUAAAUUUUACCAAAUUACAAUUGGUUAUUUUUUCAUGUUUUUUGUUGUUGUUGUUGUUUUCUGUGAAAUACAGUGUCUUUCCUGCAAUAUGUUUCAUUGAUGCUAUUUUGUUAUUUAUUUAUCGUAGCUGCUAUUCGUGCAAUUAAUUCAUCAUAGAUGCUAUUCAUGCUAUUUAUUUUCUGCGAGAUGUAUCAUAGAUGCUUUGCGGCCCAUUUAACUUGUAAAGAUUGACUUAAUCACUUGAAACGUUGGCAUUCUGUGAUGCAUUUCGCAGACAUUAUUACAAAAAAGACACUUUUACUGAAAAGUAUUUAUUAACACCGACAUGAAAGUAUGUUAUGUUUUAAGUAUUUUACAUUAAAAUGCUCUUGAUAUAUAUUAGAAAUUAUCAAUGUUGCAAUAAAACAUUUCGUUGUUACUAGUUCGUGUCAAUUACGAUAUAUAUGUUAUUUUUCUUUGGAUAACCAGUAACGUUCUGUAUGCGAUUUGUAAUUAUGUAAAACUGUUAUAAAACCUAUGUUUGAAAGUAGACACAAUGGGGCUGUUAAUUUAUAAAAAUAUUACGUUUUCAACUGUUGUGAUUAAAUGCACGUGUCUCUAUUAGCCCAUAUUACUGUAAUAAAACAUUAUUUAUGUGAAAAGACUCAAUCAAAACAAGUUUGCUAUUAUUUUGCUUUGUUGCAUUUUAUUCUUCCAAAGGAAUAUUUCAUAACUUCAGGUUGAUAAAAUACAAUAACAUACCAAUCAAUAAUUGUUAUAAUACUUUUUGAAAGGCGUUAUUAUUGUGACAAACAUUUGUCAUAGCGCAGCUUAACAUUGACUGACAUCUUUAAGUGAUAAUAAAUACAUACGCAUGCAGUUUUCUUAAAGACCUGCUCCAGUUCUACCUUUUGACCUUAAAUUGUCACUGAAAAAGCAUGAACAGUGACGCCUGUCGAAAUAGAGUUUAUUUUAUAUAAAUUCUAUAUAAAAUACCUGUGGCGCGUGGCCGUUAACUGUUACCUAUUGUAUUCAUUGGUUGCAUACACACAAUAGAAUUUGAAUAGCAGCGGAGCAGGGCUUUAGGUUUGUAUUCACAUGUUAUGUUUUAUAUCUGUUAUUUGUUAUACAUUGUCUGUGAUAAACGCUUUAUUUUAUAAUUUCUUUGCUGAAUUUGUUAACAAAAACAUUAAAAACAUACGUGUUAAAUGACACUUAUUGUUCAAAUAAAAGAGAAAAACACAGAA